AUGUCUACGACUAUUCAAAUUAUCACGGAAGAAUGUGUCUACAUAUCCACUAGUACGAGAGUAGAGUUCGAAUUCCUAGUCAAAUAUGCUCGGAGGAUGCUCAAAGAUAACUCAAAUGAUUAUUUAGCCACUGGUCAUGUAACAGGCAUAUCAAGAGUCUGGGAAAAACGGGACGAUGUUGUGAGGCCCUUCGGCGAUAUACGUCAGGGAAGAAUGAACGUAUGCUCUCUUGACCUGACUCAAGAUCUCCUUCUCUUCUCGGACGCGAGUGAGAAUAUCAAGCUUCCACUAUCUCGUCUGAGAGAGCCCAAAUCAGAGUUGCCGCAACGCUCGGAGUUUACACCCUAUAAAAUUGAUCCGCCUCCAUUGUUGGAUUUUGCUAUCUUCCCACCACCGUACAAAUCACCUUCAGGUGCUGUGGACGUACUCCGCCUUGCGCUCAUCCCACCGAUUCUCUCAGACUUCGCGUUUCAGUGGCGUCAUAUACUACGAUCUUCAUACAGGAAACCCACACUUAGAAGACUUGCCGAGGCAGUUGUCAAAAUCGCAACACUUGAUUUCCGGAUUGAAGAAGUGUCAAAAAGUAAUAACAUCUUUUUCGGAAGUCCCUAUGUUGAUGUUACCGAUCAACCUUUAUGGAAACUUGGCGAGGACGAAAUGUUCAGUGUUGGAAACACUACCGUCAUUGUACACGAAGACCUUGAAACUGCCUUCAAGAUUGCGAAAGAAGAGGCAGCAAGCGCAAAUGGAUUGAUCCAGCAACAGAACUACUUACUUUUCUCGGUACGAUAUCUGAUGGUAGCUCAUGUCGAUUCCACGGGAGCUUUUUCACACACGGCCCCAACAGUUUUCAUGGAUGGUCACACGCUUCCUUCUCCUUCCGCUAUAACUCUCCUUCUACAAGUCCUCCUACCACCCUGGCCACCUCACACACCCAUCCAUAGUUUACCCCUGGAAAUUGUAGACCAGAUCUUGUUGUUUGUCUCCGAAGGUCCAGUCGAAGCUGCGAGGCUUGGGUGCUCUCUGGACCUAGGGAGGCCAUUCGAGUGGAAAAAAGAGCUAAGACACAAGCAGCAGGGUGUUUCGAUCGAACUUCUUCAGUCGAAUUCGCAUCGUUCGGAUGAUACUCCGAUUGAGUCAAAGAUCUGUUUUGGGGAUGAGUUUUGCGGGGUUUCAUAUCUGUGA